AUGGCUUCUUCUACGGUGGUCGAGUACGAGUUUGGUGGACCCCUAGGAGCCACUGCCAUCACCAUUGGCCUACCUCUACUCCUGACUUUCUUUGCCUUCGGCUGUAACGAUGUAUCGGGCUGUCCUGUACCUUCGCUGUUGAGCCCUCGCACUUUCACUUGGGAGAAAUGGGCCGCGGAGACCGGGUGGCCUGAAGGUGGAAUUUGGGCACUCUUCGACUGGAAAGUGACCGUUGCAGUGCUGGCAUACUAUGUCUUUGUCUUACUCCUCUGGAGACUUCUCCCAGCGCAGAAGGUUCAUGGCACUAAACUGGUCCAUCACGGUCGUCCCCUCGAGUACCGCAUGAAUGCAUUCUCGACCAGCGUUGCCGUUUUCGCUGUUUGCGCAAUCGGCACAUACUUGCAAGGCGCCGAAUUUCCCGUGUGGGCGUAUAUCGUGGAUCACUAUGUGCAAAUCUUGACGGCCAAUGUGUUGAUAUCAUUUGCCCUCGCCACCUACCUCUAUAUCAGCAGCUUCAGCGUGGACACCAAUUACCCCAAUAAGGAUCUUCGCGAACUAGCGGCCGGUGGGAGGACAGGCAAUAUCAUCUACGAUUUCUACAUUGGUCGGGAGUUGAACCCCCGCGUCACUCUUCCACUCUUUGGGGAGAUCGACAUUAAAACUUGGUGCGAGAUGUAUCCUGGCUUGACUGGUUGGAUACUGCUUGAUCUUGCCUUUGUCGCCAAGCAAUAUCGCAAUUUUGGCUAUGUCUCCGACAGCAUUCUAUUGAUCACCUUCUUUCAGGGGUUCUACGUGCUCAACAGCCAUUAUAAUGAAUUAGGGCUUCUGACUAUGAUGGAUAUCACCACUGAUGGCAUGGGGUUUAUGCUCUCCUUUGGCGAUCUCGUCUGGGUGCCCUUCCUAUACUCAACACAAUGUCGUUAUUUGUCUGUCUAUCCGCUGCAGCUGGGGUGGUUGAACAUCGCAGCUGUGAGCGCCGUCUUUGCCCUGGGACUGUAUAUUUUCCGGGCCGCCAACGAUCAGAAGCACAUGUUCCGCACGCACCCCAACGAUCCGAGUGUGGCAGGCCUGUCGUACAUUCAAACUAAGCGGGGAACUAGACUACUCACAGCUGGAUGGUGGGGAAUGUCACGCCACAUCAACUACUUUGGGGAUUGGCUACAAGCAUUGCCCUUCAGUCUGCCCACGGGCAUUGCAGGGUAUCUCAUCUAUCCGGCAGGGAGCAUUGUGGCGGCCUCUCAGAGCUUCCAGAUGAUAGACGGGCGCAAGGUCGUCCAGGGCGAAGCCCAAGGCUGGGGAAUAAUCUUCACCUACUUCUACGUGCUGUACUUUGCAAUCUUGUUGAUGCACCGGGAACGUAGAGACGAUGCUAUGUGUGCGGCAAAGUAUGGCGAAGACUGGGAGAAGUAUAGGCGGGCAGUCCGGUGGAGAAUCCUGCCCUGGAUAUAUUAG